AUGCGUCCAUUUUGUUUCCUUCUUUUCCCUACAACCUUUUGCUUGAUAAACGGUAAAAUACAAAUCAUUCAUUCAAUUCUAUCUUUCCUUCCCACUUUCUCUCGUCUUCCUUCCCCCUUUCUCUCUUGUCUUCCUUCCCCCUUUCUCUCUUGUCUUCCUUCCCCCUUUCUCUCUUGUCUUCCUUCGUUUUCUUUACCUUUUUUCUUUCACCUGUAUUUUUCCAUUUUCUUUUGUCCACCCUCUUUUUCUCUUUUACCUAACUUCCUCUCUCUCUAUUUCUUCUACAAUCUUUCUUUCCCUACUCUCUUUCACACUCUAACCUAUUCAUUUUCCUCUCUCUCUCUCUCUCUCUCUCUCUCUCUCUCUCUCUCUCUCUUCUGUUCCAGACUUCCUGUCUCUGCUUUAACUCUGCCUCCAGAUCUCCAACAUACUGCUCCUUCUUUUACUCUCUCUCUCUCUCCACCAUUCUGUUUUCUCUCUCUUUUGCUCUCUCUCUUCUUCCUUCUCUAUCCUGAACCUUCUACCCCACUCUUCCUUCUUUUGCCCUCUCUUUCCAUUCUAGAGAUCCUCUCCUUUCUUUUCCUCUCCAAACUUCAUUACAGACUUUCUCUCUUUUUGUUUGCUUGCUCUCUCUCUCUCUCUCUCUCUCUCUCUACAUCCUCUCCUUUCUUGUACUCUCCUCAGACUUUCUGUCCUUUUGUUUGUUUGUUUGUUUGCUCUCUCUCUCUCUCUCUCUCUCUCUCGCCUUCUGUCUUUUCCUUCAUUCUCUUCUCUUCCCCCAACCCAGUGUUCAUUCUUUUGCAUACCCUCUCUUCUAGACUCCCUGUCCUUUCUUUAGCUCUUUUUUCUCUAACCUGGGCUUUUCGUCUCUUAUUUCCCUAUUGCUCAUCUAUCCCAGAAUUCCUUUUGCUCUCCUUUGUCUGUCUUAGACAAUUUCCUUCAUCUUUCUCUGUUUCAUUCACAUUCUUUCUUUCUUUCUUUCUUUCUUUCUUUCUUUCUUUCUUCUUACUAUCAUUUUUCAUUUAG